AUGGUUGUGGGAAUCACAGAGCAGGCUCAGACUCUCAAAGCUAUCUUCUUUUUCCCCUCCCUGCUCAUCCCAGCUCUGUCUGUACAGUUAUCUACUGCUUCUGAAGAGCAACAGAAAAUGAGCAAGUCUCAGGGAUCUGUUUCAUUCAAAGAUGUGACUGUGGACUUUACUCAGGAGGAGUGGCAGCAGCUGGACUCUGCUCAAAGAAACCUGUACAAGGAUGUGAUGCUGGAGAACUAUAGCAACCUUGUUUCAGUGGUGAAAAAUAUAAAUGUAUUCAGUGUGGGAAAGCCUUCAGUGGAAAGUCAGGACUUAUUGUACAUCAGAGAAUUCAUACUGGGGAAAAACCGUACAAAUGUAAUGACUGAAAAAGCCUUUAUUCAGAAGUCACAGCUCACUGUACAUCAGAGAACUCAUACAGGAGAGAAACCCUAUGAAUGUAGUGAAUGUGGAAAAGCAUUCAUCCAGAAGUCAAACCUCUUUAUUCAUCAGAGGAUUCACACAGGGGAGAAACCCUAUGAAUGCAAUGAAUGUGGGAAGGCUUUCAUCAAGAAGUCAACACUUAGUGUUCAUCAAACAGCUCAUACGGGGGAGAAACCAUAUGAAUGUGAUGAAUGUGGAAAAGCCUUUAUCUGGCGGUCACAGCUCAUUGUACAUCAGAGAAUUCAUACUGGGGAGAAACCCCAUAGAUGUAGUGAGUGUGGAAAAGCCUUCAACAGGAAGUCAGAACCAAGUGUGCAUCACAGAAUUCAUACUGGAGAGAAACCCUUUGAAUGUAAUGAAUGUAAAAAAGCCUUCAUUCAGAAAGUCCAUACUGGGGAGAAACCUUAUAAGUGUAAUAAAUGUGAAAAAGCUUUUAGUCAUAGGUCAUCCCUUAGAAAUCAUGGGAGAAUACAUAGUGGAGAAAAACCCUAUCCUUGUAAUGAAUGUGGAAAAGUUUUCAGCCAUAUUUCAGCCCUUACUCAACAUCACAGAAUUCACACUGGAAAGAAACCAUAUGCAUGUGUUGAAUGUGGGAAAACCUUCAGCCGGAGCACACAUCUUAUAGAACAUCAAGGCAUUCAUUCUGGGGAGAAAUCCUACCAGUGUAAGGAAUGUAGGAAAGUUUUUUGCCACAGCUCAUCACUAAUCCGACAUCAGAGAACUCACACAGGAGAAAAACUGUACAAAUGUAAUGAAUGUGGAAAAACCUUCAGCCAUAACCCAGCCUUCAUUCAACAUCAGAGAAUUCAUACUGGAGAGAAACCUUAUGAAUGUAAUGAAUGUGGAAGAGCUUUUAGUCAGAGCACUAACCUUAUUCAACAUCAAAGAGUCCAUACUGGGGAGAAACCUUAUGAGUGUAAUGAAUGUGAAAAAGCCUUUAGUCAUAGGUCAUCCCUUAGAAAUCAUGAGAGAAUACAUACUGGAGAAAAACCCUAUCCUUGUAAUGAAUGUGGGAAGGCUUUCAGCCAUAUUUCAGCCCUUACUCAGCAUCACAGAAUUCACACUGGAAAGAAACCAUAUGCAUGUGUUGAAUGUGGGAAAACCUUCAGCCGGAGCACACAUCUUAUAGAACAUCAAGGCAUUCAUUCUGGGGAGAAAUCCUACCAGUGUAAGGAAUGUAGGAAAGUUUUUUGCCACAGCUCAUCACUAAUCCGACAUCAGAGAACUCACACAGGAGAAAAACCCUACAAAUGUAAUGAAUGUGGAAAAGCCUUCAGCCAUACCCCAGCCUUCAUUCAACAUCAGAGAAUUCAUACUGGAGAGAAACCCUAUGAGUGUAAUGAAUGUGGAAAGGCCUUUAAUCGGAGUGCACAUCUUACUGAACACCAGAGAACUCACACUGGAGAGAAACCUUAUGUUUGUAAGGAAUGUGGGAAAACUUUCAGCCGAAGUACACACCUUACUGAACAUCUAAAAGUACAUUCUGGUGUGAAACCCUAUCGAUGUAAUGAAUGUCAAAAACUAUUUUACUAUAGAACAUCACUAAUUCGACACCAGAGAACUCAUACAGAAGAGAAACCCUACCAGUGUAAUGAAUGUGGGAAAACCUUCAGCUUAAGCUCAGCCCUUACUAAACAUAAGCGAACACAUACAGUGAAGAAACCUUAUCAGAGUAAUGAAUGUGGGAAAGCUUGCAGCCAUAGGUCAUCCCUUAACCCUGAGCACUCACAGUAG